GUGAGGGUCUGUGUGUGGGGUCUGUGUGUGGGUGUGUGUGAGGGUCUGUGUCCCCGAACCCAUCGGCCUCUGUUCACAGACAGGAAAGACCCGGGAAAUGCCUAAGGUUAAGGCUAAAGGCGGCGGUGGGGGGUGUGGGGGGCGCGGGGGGGGCAGUAACCUGCCUCUGGCUGAUCAGAUCCUCCAGGGGGUCUCCGUCAGACCCACCACCCGGGUCAAGAGGCGAGCCCGGCGGCAGGAGGAGGAGGAGGAGGAGGACUAUGUGGACGAGAGGCUGUCCAGGAAGAUCCUGGAGCAGGCCCGGGCCCAGCAGGAGGAGCUGGAGCGGGAGCUCGGGGUCGGGAGGGGGUCCGACUGCCAACGGCCCAAAGCCACCACUCUGGGCCGAGGCUCCGAGGGGAAGGAGUCGGACUCGGAUUCCGACGAGGAGUGGCCCACCCUGGACGAGGCCGCCUCCAUGGCCAAGGGCAAGUACUGCGAGCAGGUCCCGGUCAACCCGGAGGACGAAAAGGCCAUCGACACGUUCAUGAACAAAGACGCGCCCCUGAGGCGUACGCUGGCUGACAUCAUCAUGGAGAAGAUAACAGAGAAGCAGACGGAGGUGCAGACGGUCAUGUCCGAGAUAUCUGGCCGGCCCAUGCCUCAGCUCGACCCCCGGGUCCUGGAGGUGUACAAAGGCGUGCGUGAGGUGUUGUCCAAGUACAGAAGUGGUAAACUUCCCAAAGCCUUUAAGAUUAUCCCGGCUCUGUCAAACUGGGAGCAGAUACUGUACAUCACUGAACCGGAGACCUGGACGGCGGCAGCCAUGUACCAGGCGACGAGGAUAUUUUCUUCCAACCUGAAGGAAAAAAUGGCGCAGAGGUUCUACAACCUGGUGCUUCUGCCUCGAAUAAGAGACGACAUCAUUGAGUACAAACGCCUCAACUUCCACCUGUACAUGGCUUUGAAGAAGGCACUUUUCAAGCCCGGAGGCUGGUUUAAAGGUAUUCUGAUCCCCUUGUGUGAAUCGGGGACGUGCACACAGGAGGCGAUCAUUAUCGGCAGCAUUUUGACUAAGUGCUCCAUCCCGGUUCUGCACACAAGCGCUGCCAUGCUGAAGAUUGCGGAAAUGGAGUACAACGGGGCGAACAGCAUCUUCCUCCGGCUGAUGAUCGACAAGAAGUACGCCCUGCCUUUCCGCGUGAUCGACGCCUUGGUUUUCCACUUCCUGCGGUUUCGGACGGACAGGCGCGUCCUGCCGGUGCUGUGGCACCAGAGCCUCCUCACCUUCGCCCAGCGCUACAAGGAGGACCUGUCCUCCGAGCAGAAGGAGGCUCUGAUGGGGCUGAUCAAGACCCACUCGCACCCGCCCAUUUCCGGCGAGAUCCGGAGAGAGCUGGUCAACUCCAAGUCGCGGGACGUGGAAGUGGGGAUGGCGAUGGAGUAGCCCCCCCUCACCCCCCACCCCCGGUCCUAACUCCCCGUGUCUCGCACAGCAAGGAUAACCUGGGUCAGAGUGUGAGUGGUGCUACGGAAACAAACUCGGGUUCCGCGAUACAAUUUAUUGUUGGCCUUUGUUAGCUCUGAAGCACCCGUGGUCUAGCUGAGUAAUUACUCGCCAAAGACUGUCUCGCUGCCUUCUCCCAUUUUUAUUCCCUCCCUCUCCUGAAGGUACUAACACUGGCUUAUGCUGCCGCUGGCGUCUUAACAGGAGCCCCACCAAUACAUCGGCCAACAUUGAGUGUAGGUGGGACCGGGGAAUCACGGAAACGGGGCUAACAUCUGCGAUAGGUCCUGGCCACGAUCCGUGGGAGUGUGUAACCUGGGUUUGGAGUGGGACGGACCUGUUGCUGACCCUUUCUGUGUCCGUAGCCGAGAUUAACUAAAACAUCGGACGUGAGUCAAAUCUGCGGACUUCCUAGGCUGUGACUCAGCAGUGCAAAGAGUCAGCAAGGACUGCAACCCCUUUGCCUUUUAUUUAAUGGUGGAAACUGUGGGAACGACCCCUUUUUGUGCAUAAAAUUACCAUCGUUUAAUAUUAAUUUUCAAAGCUAUAGGUGGUCAGGACAAAAGGUUUAUCCCUCCCUUCACCACCUCCAUUCAGUAAAGAAAAUGGUAAUCAAAGUAGGUGAGGAACAGUGAGAGACCCAGCGUUGCAAAGCUUGAGAGUGCGUGUGUGGUUUUGAAGAGAACGGUCUUGAGACAAUGCCAACAGUGAUAUUAAAAGGUGGAAUAUGUUGCUCGAGUUUACAUAAACCCAUCGAAAAUAAUAAAACAAAAUGUACGCAAAUGCGGUCAUUGAAAUGGAUCCAGCCGUUCGUUACACUGCAGGAGAAAUGUUUGAACAGCAGUUAAUUAAAUCGAUAUGUUGACUGGCCGCAAAGAAGGUUUCAUCCCAUUGUCUGGUUCCGCGCUAAUUGGAACAGCUCUUGUGUACUUAGCUGUAAGAGGCAAUGUCGGGCCAAUCAUCAUUCUCGCCAACAAAUGCACAAUUCACAGGAGAAGCUCUGUGAGGCGCUUCGAGACAUCUCGACGACGUGAUAAGGCGCUGUAUCAAAGGCAAGGAUCGUUAUUCAUAGUUGGAACAUGAAUUCGGGGGAUUUUCAGCAGGAUUAGUGAUUUCUCCUGUCUCGCGUUUGCCUUUGUGACAACAGGGCUGCUCUCAAAACACCGUGCUUCAGAUGCGAGCUUCUAAACCGGUGUAUGGGAAGACUUACAAUUUCCAGCUAACAAAAUGUUGGCUUUCUACCAGAUGCAAUUAGGAUCUCCCUCUCUCUCUCUCUCAUUAGUUAGUUCUUUGCAUUGAAUACACUGGAAAACCCAGCUGCGUAGUCUCUGCCCUUCAUUGGCUUGUGACUUGACUUAAAAGCGUUUCAAGACAAAAAAUUGGGGAAGGGGGGGAUUUCUUUUAGUUUUGCGAUGACAAAAGUAGGCACAGCAUCGUACAAUGGCAGAAAGCAGCCAAGCUAUUGCUAUCGUACAAUGCACGUUGGCAACUUACCAAUUGUAAAAUCCACCAGUGAUAGCUAACUGGUGUGAUGUGAAACAUUAGCUCGAAGGUGAGGGAGAUCGUAACAUUUUAACGUGGCUUUUCUAAUCGUUUAUGGACUGUAAGAAAUACUAUCCAGCUAUGUUGUGUGAAGCGCUUUGAGAGGUCUCAACGAGGCGAUAAGGGGUUAUAUCAACUGCAAAGAUUAAUAAUAUACUUAUGCUACUUUGCCCUCUUGAUGGAGAAUUGUGCGCUGACGUACAUUUUGGAGCUCGCAACAAAAAUCACCGCUAGCUAGCCAGUGAGUUGACUUCUACUAGAUUCAUCAUAUUAAAAGAAUUGAUCCAGUAAUUUUCUUUGUAGAUACUGCAUUUGACUUAAGUGAGGUCUUGGCACCGAUUUUUACUGUUGCCAUUGGACCAGUAGAUGGCAAUCUUCCUCUGCAUUACAUCGCUUCACUUGGACAAAAUUAUCAUUCGUGUUCAGUUAAGACAUCCUUUGUUUUGCUUUAAAAAUGUUUAAUGCACAGCUUUACAAAGUUCCCUUCUCCAUAUUGUAUCCCCUUGUGCUGCUAUAGAUGGCAUUUCUCGCAUCUCAGGAUAAACGGACAAAAGAAAGUA